AUGGCUAGUGAGGAACAGGAAGACGAUGAGGGUAAGACGGAUGAUUUGGAAUUGGGUACCGUGCGACACAAAUAUACCAGUGCCUAUGUCACUUACUGUCGUUGUAAUACACGACUCCGUGAGCUUAUCGAAGAGCUCUCUGCCCCAAUUCAGGCUCCUAGAUCGGAGACGACGUCAGGUUUUGGUUUCAAGCUGCCGCCAUGUGAAAUUCCCAUUUUCGAUGGUAAUUACUCAUCGUGGCCCACUUUCCGGGAUAUAUUCGAGGCAGUUUGUAUUAGAAAUCCAAGGAUGAGUUCAGUGGAGAGACUUUUUCACUUGAGCCAGAAGACGAGGGGUGAAGCGAACGACAUUGUGGGUAAAGUGCCUCUGACGAAUGAGAAUUUCAAGGUGGCAUGGGCAAACCUCUGUUCGCGAUACGAGAACAGGAGGGUCCUAAUAAAUAUUCAAUUGAAGAGACUUUUCGGACUUACUGUCAUUACGGAUGAAACGGCAGUGGCACUCAAGGCUUUGCAGAGGGAUAUUAAUUCUUGCAUCGAAUUGUUGAGACUCUACGAGGUAGAGGUGGAGGAGUGGGAUGCAAUAUUCAUUUUCAUAUGUUCCAAUUGCUUACCUAACUCGACACUUACAUUGUGGGAGCAGACCUUAUGUGAUAAGACCAUAAUUCCGAAGUGGUCAAAAUUGGAUAAGUUUCUGACGGACCGACAUAGGACACUUGAAUCCGUGUCUGAGAUAAGGCGACAAUCUGAUUCGGUUGCUUCUACUUCUAGGCAGAAUCAGAGAGGGCCUUCAAGGCCCACUGGGGUGCGAAAUGGUGGUAAUGUCUGUGCAUUUCAAACUAAGGUCGGUACUGGCAAAUGUCAUCUUUGCCCCAAAGAGUCCCACGUCAUUCGCAAAUGUCCGAAGUUCUUGCAGAUGUCUCAGAGUCAGAGAUACGAUGCGAUAAAGAAAAAUAAUUUAUGCAUAAAUUGUUUUUCGAAGGUCCAUACCCUUAGAAAUUGCACUAGCAAAUUCUCCUGCUACAAGUGCAAUAAGAAGCACAACACACUCCUCCAUAAGGAGGGUUUGCCUUCGAAUUCAUCCACACAUAGUUCAACCCCACCUCCAAGUCCUAGUAACUCAUCCCAGCCAGGCACUUCGAAUUCAAUACAGUCCACUGAAUCUUCUUCAGGUAAUAUCAUCCAGUCAUGUUUUUCAUCGAAUUCUAGGGGUGUUUUAUUGGGCACGGCCCUGGUUACUGUAUGCCAUGGGGGUCUGGAGUUCGCCGCGAGGGCUUUGGUCGAUUCGGGUUCUGAGGGCACUCUCAUAUCCGAGAGACUUUUUAAUGUUAUGGGACUUCCGUUCAGGCGCACAAGUGCCCAGAUUUCUGGCUUGAAUAACUCCAUUUCAGCGUCUGUGCGAAAAGAAUGUACGUUUACUCUACGUUCUACUUUAAACGGUGAGUUCGAGCUAUCGGCGUCGGCUUUGGUAGUGCCCCACCUAGCGGGUGGUCUACCAUCAAGGACUUUGGAUCCGGGACUACUUUCUUCCCUUCCUGAUAUUCCUCUUGCAGACCCAUAUUUCUUCCGGAGUUCUAAGGUGGACUUGUUAUUGGGUGGAGAUCUGCUUCCUUCGAUAAUGCUAUCAGGAAUUCGGAGUCCGGUUUGUGGCUCCUUGAUGGCACAGGAGACAGUGUUUGGCUGGAUUCUCACAGGUCCGGUACCUGUCCAGUCAACGGGCUCCUUUUCCACUAUUGUUUCGUAUUUCUGUGAAAUCUCUUUAGAUAAAGAGAUUUCACGUUUUUGGGAGGUGGAGGAACUUCCCCGGAGGAGAUUCUUGUCUCCCUCGGAUCAAUUUUGUGAGGAUCUAUUCCUUCGUACCACCACACGUUCUGACGAUGGUCGAUACGUGGUUUCUCUUCCCUUUAAGGAGGAAUUUCCGAGUAAGGUCCACAUUGGGGAAUCCAGAAAUGGUUCCAUGGCACAAUUUUAUAAGAAUGAAGCCCGGCUUCUUCGAACUCCCGAGUUCAAGGCGGAAUAUGACGAUGUCCUUGAAGAAUAUGUUCGCCUUGAUCAUAUGAGGAUGGUUCCCCCUCCCUGUUCUAGGGAUUCCACAAGGUUUUAUUAUCUUCCCCACCAUGCGGUUAUAAAACCAGAAAGUACGACUACGAAGGUGAGAGUCGUAUUUAAUGCUUCAUCCUCCACUUCCAAUGGGACGAGUCUUAAUGACGUUCUAUAUCCGGGGCCGGUUCUACAGAAGGAUCUUACUAUCCUGAUUUUGAAAUGGAGAUUUUUUCAAUUUGUAUUCAAUGGCGACAUCUCGAAGAUGUAUCGCCAGAUUCUUGUGAAUCCAUCGCACGCUUCAUUUCAACGUAUUCUUUUCCGGAGAAGUCCAGAUCUACCUAUCCAGGAUUAUGAGCUUAGGACAGUUACAUUCGGUGUUAACUGUGCCCCUUAUUUGGCAAUCCGAACGCUUCUGCAAUUAGCAGAAGACGUUCAAUCCAUUUAUCCUCUCGCAAGCGAUAUACUUCGCAAUUCAAUGUACGUGGAUGAUGCUUUGGUAGGAGCACAUUCGGUUUCAGAUGCUAUUGGCGCACGGCUUCAGCUUGUUCAGGCUUUGAAAUCAGCAGGUUUUCAGAUGCGAACAAGCUGA